GUUUUGCCUGCAUGUAUGUGUACAUCGUGAAUAAUGCCCAUGUCCAUGGAGGUGACAGAUCACCUGGAACUGGAUCUGCAGAUGGUUGUGAAACACCAUGUGAGUGCUGGAAACCAACUUGGUUCUUUGUUGCGUAUUCUGUCCUGUUACUGAGUACCCAGUGAUAGCAGGAAGAUCAGAAGGCAGAGCCUGCAGAAUGAAUCCCAAGCGCUAUGUGGAACUAAAUGACGGCCACCACAUUCCUGUGCUUGGCUUCGGAACCUUUGCCCCAGAAGAGGUUCCCAAGAGUAUGGCUAUGGAAGCCACCAAGAUAGCUAUAGGAGCUGGAUUCCGCCAUAUUGACUCAGCUUAUUUCUACAAAAAUGAGGAGGAGGUAGGGCUGGCCAUCCGAAGCAAGAUUGCUGAUGGCACUGUGAAGAGAGAAGAUAUAUUCUACACUUCAAAGCUUCCCUCCACAUGUCAUAGACCAGAGCUGGUCCGGCCUUGCUUGGAACAAUCACUGAAAAAGCUUCAGCUGGAUUAUGUUGACCUUUAUCUCAUUCAUUUCCCAGUGUCGAUGAAGCCAGACAAUGAUCUUUGUCCAACAUAUGAAAAUGGGAAAUUAUUAUUUGACACAGUGGAUCUACGUGACACAUGGGAAGCCAUGGAGAAGUGUAAGGACGCAGGGCUAGCCAAGUCCAUUGGGGUGUCCAACUUUAACCGCAGGCAGCUGGAGAUGAUCCUGAACAAGCCCGGGCUCAAGUACAAGCCUGUGUGCAACCAGGUAGAAUGUCAUCCUUACCUGAACCAGAGCAAGCUCCUGGAUUACUGCAAGUCAAAAGACAUUGUUCUGGUUGCCUAUGGUGCUCUAGGCACCCAACGAUGUAAAAAAUGGAUAGAGGAGAAUGCCCCAAAUCUCUUGGAAGACCCAACUCUUUGUGCCAUGGCAGAAAAACACAAGCAAACUCCAGCCCUGAUUUCCCUCCGGUAUCUGCUGCAGCGCGGCAUUGUGGUUAUCGCCAAGAGUUUCAGUGAGAAGCGGAUCAAAGAGAACAUAAAGGUUUUUGACUUCCAGUUGCCAGCAGAGGACAUGGCAGUUCUAGAGAGGCUGAACAAAAAUUACCGAUAUGCUACGGUUCAUAUUACUUCUGCUCACCCCAAUUAUCCGUAUUCGGAUGAAUAUUAACAUGGAAGCCUUUGUCAUGACAUCAACCCAAAGGGAGCAAUGCGUGAGAUGCUGUGAACGCUGAUCAAUGUCACCUCUGGUCGACGCUGACAUCACCGUCAACCCACACUGAACUGGAUUGGGAGGGUUGAGCAUGGUGUUUUUGUGAUACUUUGAAGACAAUAAAGUUUUGGUCUAUGAGGUACAUGUAA